AUGCCCCAAUCUCCUGGCCUGCCCAGCCUUAUAUCCAGCAAUCUAGUGGUGUACAGUUUCCAGUGGCAGCUGGGUCACAACAGAAAUGAGAAUGCAAGGAAGAGUCCAAUGACCUAUCAGGAGCAAGACACAGUACAAAGAAGAUAUGGAAAGAGAAUGCAAACUCAGCCUCACUUCAUGAAAGGAUCAAAGCGGAAAGCCACUGGUACAAAGUUGAAGACCAAAGGUGAAGAGGAACAAGCAAUAACUCGACUUGAAGAAGAUGGCUGUUUGUCAGAUGAGGAUACCAAACUUUUGCUCGAGACCCUUCUGGGAAGUGACAGCAAUGCUAAGCAUGUCUAUAAAAAGUUUGGUGCUGAAGCUGUGUUAAUACAGAUCUCUGAAAAGACAUUCAAAGGAAGACACAGCAUGGAGCCAUCUAUCACUGGCAAUGGUGGCGGGGAUCCUGAUGUUGAGGUGCUUGAUGAGAAAAUCAAAAAUGCAUGA